ACGUCAUCAUCAUGUCCUCAUCCAAUCAUCCGGUGACUAACUUCAUUCCUCCUGCUACUUGGUCACUCAUUGAACACCUUUUUACUGAUUUUGGAAAACAAAAAUUAAAAGAAGUCAUCAAAUUUGUAGAAGAAGAAUGUUUACCAGCAGAAACAAUCUAUCUUUCACAAAUUUCAGAUGAUCCAAAUAAACGUUGGAAAGAAGUGCCUAAGAUUAUGGAAGAUUUAAAAAACAAAGCUAAAUCUCUUGGUCUUUGGAAUCUUUUCCUUUCAAAAGCACAUUAUCCUGGUGAAGGUGUACCUUUAACUAAUUUAGAGUAUGCAGUCAUGGCAGAAGUGAUGGGUCAUGCUAUACGUAUCGCCCCAGAGGCCAUGAAUUGUUCAGCUCCUGAUACCGGUAAUAUGGAAGUCUUAGCUCGGUAUGGAACGGCUGCUCAAAAAGAACGUUGGUUGAAACCUUUACUUGAGGGUCGUAUUCGUAGUUCAUUUUCCAUGACGGAGCCCGACGUAGCUUCAUCCGAUGCAACUAAUAUCCAAACCAAAAUAACUCUUGAUCGAAAAACCAAUGAGAUUGUUAUUAAUGGUCGAAAGUGGUGGAUCUCAGGAGCAGGAGAUCCAAGAAACGAUGUUCAUUUAGUAAUGGGAAAGUCAGAUACGAAUGCAGCAGUUCAUAGUCAACAAUCGAUUGUGAUCGUACCAGCCAAUACAAAAGGAGUUCGACUUAUAAGACCUAUGCAAGUCUUUGGUUAUGAUGAUGCUCCUGAAGGUCAUUUUGAAAUUGGAUAUGAGAAUGUACGUGUACCGGUUGAGAAUUUGGUGUAUGAUUGGGGAAAAGGAUUUGAGAUUAUUCAGUCUAGAUUAGGACCUGGAAGGAUCCAUCAUUGUAUGCGUUCUAUAGGCCUAGCCGAACGAGCCAUUGGGUUGAUGUUACUAAGAAUCACAGAUCCAAAGAAAAAGACAUUUGGAAAACAACUUUAUCAACAUGGCUCAGUAGCUGACGAAUUAGCAAGAUCACGUAUCGAAUUAGAUAGUGUCAGAUUAUUGGUUUAUGCUGCAGCUCAUCAAAUUGAUGGAGUAAGAGCAAAAGGAGCCAUGAAAGCUAUUGGAAUGGCUAAAGCGAUUGUGCCCAUGACAGUUGGAAAGAUUAUUGAUAGAGCUAUGCAAGUUCAUGGUGGUGAAGGUGUUUCACAAGAUCAACCUUUGGCUAGUAUGUUUGCUGGAGUAAGAACUUUAAGAUUUGCGGAUGGUCCUGAUGAAGUUCAUCAAGGUCAAAUUGCUAAACAAGAAUUGAAAAGAGUUCCAUUGUUGAAAGCUAGAAUGGAGAAAGUUAAAGAAAGUGAAGUGAUUCUUUCAAAACAUUAUAAAAUUCCUGAUACAGCUGAUUGGAUUCGAUCUAAGAUUUGAAAAAAGUAAAUUGAAGUUGAAGUUUGUAAAAGGGAGGGGUAGAAUAAAAGAUGGACAGUUUUUUGUUUUGGUUGAAGAGGUUGAAUUUGUAAGAGAAGGGGUAUGAUUAUGGAUCAUUGAUGUUGCAAAGGGUAGUCCUAUUUGAUGUAUUUAUUUGAAAGUGUAAUAUAUGUUUUAUUUUUGUAUCGUUUUCUGAAUAUUUAUUAUUUAGUUUUCAAGAAGUUUAUGAAAUAUUGAUCCAAUAUUUACCAAACC